CACAAAAAUAAGAAGAGAAACUGUAGAAAGAGAGCCAUUUUCCCCCCUUUCCCCCCUUUCCACCUUCUUCUUCCCUCUUCUUCUUCACUUUCCCUAAUCUUUUUUCCAUUUCCCUCACAACCCCUCUUCCCCAACUUCGCCAAAGCUUCCAACUUCAUCGCCAUCACCGGGAAAAGAAGAAGCUUGAAAAAGAAGAGAAAGGGACAAAAAUUACACACAGAAGGACUUCAUCAUGGGCUGCUGUGCUUCUUCCUUUCUAGCAGAAACCCACCCAGAAAAGGACCAUCUUAACAAGCCCCAGGUCCUCCACCCUCCUCCUCCGUCGGCUGUCAUCGAUUCUCCCGCCGCCGCAGCCGGCGGCGGCGGAGUUGGAGGAGGAGUCCCUUCUUUCUCGGAAUUCUCCUUCUCCGACCUAAAAGCUGCCACCAACAACUUCAGCUCCGACAACAUAGUCUCCGAGAGCGGGGAGAAGGCGCCCAAUCUUGUCUACAAAGGCCGCCUCUCCAACCGGCGGUGGAUUGCCGUGAAGAAGUUCACUAAGAUGGCUUGGCCCGAUCCUAAGCAGUUUGCGGAGGAAGCUUGGGGAGUUGGGAAGUUAAGGCAUAAGAGGAUGGCGAAUUUGAUAGGGUAUUGCUGUGAUGGGGAUGAACGGCUGCUUGUUGCCGAGUAUAUGCCAAAUGAUACGCUUGCCAAACACUUGUUCCAUUGGGAAAAUCAAACUAUAGAAUGGGCCAUGCGAUUAAGGGUUGCGCUCUACAUAGCUGAAGCCCUAGACUAUUGCAACUCUGAGGGUCGUCAUUUGUACCAUGAUCUGAAUGCCUACAGGGUACUCUUCGAUGAGGAUGGAGAUCCCCGCCUUUCCUGUUUCGGCUUGAUGAAAAAUAGUAGGGAUGGGAAGAGUUAUAGUACAAACCUGGCCUACACCCCUCCUGAGUAUCUAAAGAAUGGAAGGGUAACUGCAGAAAGUGUUACUUACAGUUUCGGCACUGUCCUCCUUGAUUUACUAAGUGGAAAGCAUAUUCCUCCAAGUCAUGCUCUUGACAUGAUAAGAGGAAGAAACAUAAUUCUCUUGAUGGAUUCUCAUUUGGAAGGGAACUUCUCUACAGAAGAAGCCACUGCAGUUGUUGGUCUUGCCUCUCAAUGUUUACAGUAUGAACCUAGGGAAAGGCCUAGCACAAAGGAACUUGUUGCGACACUUUCUCCUCUGCAGCCAAAGCCUGAUGCUCCAUCGUACGUGAUUCUCGGAAUACCCAAACACGAGGAGGCACCACCGACUCCACAGCGUCCUCUUUCACCCAUGGGAGAGGCCUGUUCAAGAAUGGACCUCACAGCAAUUCACCAGAUAUUGGUAAUGACGCACUACAAAGACGACGAGGGUACAAAUGAGUUGUCAUUUCAAGAGUGGACCCAACAAAUGAGAGACAUGCUGGAGUCUAGAAAGAGAGGAGACUUUGCAUUCCGGGACAAAGAUUUCAAAGCCGCCAUCGAUUGUUACUCUCAGUUCAUAGAUGUAGGAACUAUUGUUUCGCCCACUGUUUUUGCAAGACGUAGUCUUUGCUAUCUGCUGUGCGAUCAACCAGACGCUGCCCUUCGAGACGGAAUGCAAGCGCAGUGCGUUUAUCCAGAUUGGCCUACGGCGUUCUACAUUCAGUCCGUCGCACUGGCCAAGUUGAACAUGCACACUGAUGCAGCCGACAUGCUGAAUGAAGCUGCAUCUCUAGAAGAAAAGAAGCAUAGAGGAGGAGGGAAAGGUUCAUGAGAAGAAUAAGGAACUUGUGUAUAAGCAACGGAAAGGGUAAAAAAAAGAUCCAUCUCCAAGCGUGUUGUUGUAAAAUGGCGAGCCGAGGAUUGGAUUUGUUGAUUGAUUAUAAGAGAAAGUAGGGAGGGAGGGAAAAAGAAAGGGAUUAGAAUAGGAGAAUACUUAAUUGGAUGGAUUGGUCUGCAGUUUGGCUCCCCCAUUUUGAUGGGGUAGAGAAGAGGAAUUAAGUGAGGUAGUUUGUCAAUGUUGUAAUUAUAGAUGAAAAUCUGCUGCUUUGUACAUGCCUGUUGUAGUUAUGAAUUAUGAUGGUAUUAUCUCCUUGUGGAAUUGAUCAUUUGACUAGUAAUUUCAAGUGGAACAUUCCUUGGUAUGCAGGGAAAUGGAUUGGUAACUAAGGAUCUUUUCUUGUAGAAAUGUUAUAGUUGUAAGUUUACAUUCUUUUUUGGACAU